CUUUUCCUUGAUAUCUGUUUAAUGACUAGAGAGGCGCUCUGCGCUAUCACAGCCUCCGAUGGACAAUUCUCAGUUCCGCAGUCUCCUUCAAACUGGCCAGAAUGCAGAUACCUCCAACAGCGGGGCCUCCCCGCAAGCCUUUAAGAAGCCCGUACUUGGCUCCAGAGCCCGCUCAUCGAUUCCCAUGACGCCUCGCUCCGUUGCGGGAUUCAACGCCUCUAAAAUGUUCACGCAGCAAGUUUCAGAAUAUCGAAAAGAACACGAUGGACAGCCUCCCACGAAGAAAUUCAAAUCUAGCGCACCGAAAGGCAGCAAACUCGCUUCUGGCUACCAGGACCGCACUCUGGCUCGACAGGCGGAUGGGGAGGGGGUAUCAUCACCAGAUGACAAGGAAAAACGAGUCAAGGCGUUGGAAGAGAUGUACAAACUACAACAGAUUGACGAGGCUACCUUUGAAAAGCUGAAAAGCGAGAUUGGAAUCGGCGGCGAUCUUAGCAGUACACAUCUAGUGAAAGGGUUGGACUGGAAGCUGCUGGAAAGAGUCCGACGAGGCGAAGAUGUCCGCAACACGCCGCAAGCUGAGAAGGAGGAGUCUGCUCAAGUGAAUUUGGAUGAUGAGCUCGAGGAAGCGCUGCAAAAGGACGUGAAGGUGGACAGGCCAAUCUCGAGGAAGGCACAAGAUGAAGCACCUGGGGAUCUUCAAGAAUCCAUGACACGAGAUGCGAUCUUGCGGCGGUUAAAAGAAAGCCGAAGCGGAAUAUCAGAGCCCUCACAUCCAGAACCAGCGCUUGGAGCACGCUUCAAGAAAGUAACCUCAGAGAAGCCAAACAAGAAGAAAUUCGUCGAAAUCAUCAAUGGACGGCGCCGGGAGGUGCUACUCAUUACCAAUAAAGACGGAACGACGAAGAGGAAGACUCGAUGGCUUGAGAAGGAAGAGGAUCUCUCGAGAGGCGAUCAAAACCAACCUCUUGGGAUGGAAGUGCCAGCAGAACUUCGAGCGAAACAACAAGCUCUUUUGGACCAGCAAGCCGCCGAAGAGGAAGAUGACGAUAUCUUCCAAGGAGUGGCCGAUUACAAUCCGCUCGCCAGUAUCAACAGCGAGUCAGAAGAUGAGGGCGGCGAGAAAGAGCCAACAGCAAGGGUAGACACCACUGACAAGACCGCUGCAUCGACGAACAACAAGCCACGAAAUUACUUUGCGACAAGCAAUCAAGAAGAGGGAGCCGAGGAUCGCACCAAUCCAAUUUUGAAAGAUCCCACACUCCUUUCGGCGCUGAAGCGGGCCGCAGGCCUACGAAGAAAUGAAGAGACGAGUGGGGAAUCAGGUGUCGAGUCAGAUCCCGACAAAGCCGCGAGACAGCAGCAAUUGCUGGCGCGGCUAAAAGAAAGAGAUCGAGCAGAUGCUGCAGAUUUAGAUCUAGGAUUUGGCGAAAGUCGAAUUGCGGACGACGAUGACGAGGACGAAGCUGGGUGGGAUGAGGGUGAAGGGCCAGCGAAGAAAAGUGGACGGAAGCGUGGUCCGAAGAAACGCAAGGGCGAUAAAGACAACAUGAGCGACGUGAUGGCAGUGCUUCAAGGGCGUGAGAAGAAGUCCUGAAGUCCGAAGGUCGAUUUGGCACAUGGUAUGUAUCUCGUUCCCGAUCCCCGUAAGGUUUCGCUUCUGCACGACAUUUGGACGCGUGGCCUGUACCCAGAUGAAACGAAUUGGCAAUAUCAACGCUAGAAGACAAUUACGAGUCCUUCGUACGCACAAUUUGGACGUUGCCAGGAGCAGUCCCUAGAUUGCACAGAGGCAAAGGCGGAUUUGAUUAGAUAGGAUCCGCAAACGGGGGCGGAGGAGUUGUAUUUUUCUUUUCAUUCCCCAUGUUGAUACUGUGCGGACUCCCGGGAUGGCGGCGAGGUCAGCUUUCCAAGACGGCGGAGGAGAGAUGGUGGCUGGGAAGUGAAUCGGUGGAAAUGGCGAGGAUGAUGGGGAUUACUAGGUGCCUACAAGGUGGAUUGAUAUAAGUCCACAGUCCCUGGUCUCUGUAUAUAUUUGUAGCACGUGUGUCACUAGUAAGAGACUAGGCCGCUAC